GAGUGGAUGGAGGCGAAGUAUCUUGGAGGAAAAUUCCAACAAUGAGAAGUUUUUAUUGUCAGUCAUACUCCUUUAGCAUGUGAGUAUGUGCUGUUUCUCUGUGACGGUUCAACAGCUUCCACGAUGACGACCGCAGCAGUAAAGGCGUUCCCAUGAUGGCCAACCUGAAAACCUGAGAAGCAAACUUUGAACAAGGAGCAGGAGUCUUAUCCCAGACUUUCCCUGGUAUUACUAACGUUGUAAAAACCGUCACCACCAUGGCAUACUCGACUUCGGUUUCGAUUUGGACAUUUGCUUUUAGUUUGUACUUCGGCCUUUCGAAAUGUUACUUUUCGAUACCACUUAAAAUAUAUCCGGGAAAGUACAAUGUAUCUACUGCCGUGGAUUUGACUCCUCUGCGGUUGUUAGCGUUAAAGUCUGAUGGAAACGGCCUCUCUUUGGCCUCUGAUCCAACUGGUACAGUGAACUUUCUGGACAUGGUCAAUAAUUUACAAGGGGACUCUGGAAGAGGCUACUACAUAGAACUAUCAGUUGGCACUCCUGGCCAAAAGCUGAACAUCCUGGUAGACACAGGCAGCAGUAACUUUGCUGUGGCUGCGGCUCCCCACCCUUUCAUUACUCACUACUUCAACACUGAACUCUCCAGUACAUACCAAUCAGCUGGUCGCUCUGUAGCUGUCAGGUACACACAAGGCAACUGGGAAGGUGAGCUGGGCAUCGACAAGGUGUCCAUCCCCAAGGGCCCAAACGGCACCAUCAUCAUUAGCAUUGCUGCCAUCCUGUCAUCUGAGGGCUUCUUCCUCCCUGGGAUCAACUGGCAGGGCAUCCUGGGACUGGCCUAUCCUAUGCUGGCACGGCCUGAUUCAUCUGUGGAGCCCUUCUUCAACUCUGUGGUGAAACAGCUGGGAAUUCCCGAUAUCUUUUCCCUCCAGAUGUGCGGGGCUGGACUCUCAGCCAGCAGCACAGUCGAUCCUCCGGGUGGAAGCCUUAUAAUGGGUGGGGCUGAGCCAACUCUGUAUCGGGGGUCAGUGUGGUACACCCCUAUAAUAGAAGAAUGGUAUUACCAAGUGGAGGUUUUAAAACUGGAGGUUGGAGACCAGAAUCUGAAUCUGGACUGCAAAGAGUAUAACACAGAUAAAGCUAUAGUUGACAGUGGAACGACACUCCUGCGACUUCCCGUCAAUGUCUUCAAUGCAGUGGUAGACGCCAUCACAAGCAGCUCUCUGAUUCAAGAUUUUUCUUCAGGGUUCUGGGAUGGUACCAAGCUCGCAUGCUGGAUGAAGGGGGAGACCCCUUGGCGCUUUUUCCCCAAACUGUCCAUUUACCUAAGAGCCACCAACACCAGCCAGUCCUUCCGCAUUACCAUCCUUCCUCAGUUGUACAUCCAGCCAGUCAUAGAUGUGGAUGGGACGUUGGACUGUUUCCGUUUUGGGGUGUCCUCUUCAGCCAAUGGCCUGGUGAUUGGGGCUACUGUUAUGGAAGGCUUCUAUGUGGUGUUUGAUCGUGCUCAAAGGAGACUGGGCUUCGCACUCAGCAGCUGUGCAGUGAAGGGUGAAGUGGCUCUGUCAGAGAUCGCUGGACCUUUUUCAGCCGCUGAUGUGGCGGCUGACUGCUCCAGCGGGAUGCUCAAGGAGCCUCUUCUGUGGGUGAUCUCCUACACCCUAAUGGCAGUCUGUGCAGUGGUCCUCGUCAUCCUGUUGCUCCUGCUGCUCUUGCCCUGCAGACGUAGAGACCACUUUGGAGAGAUCACAGACGAGUCCUCACUGGUGCGGCACCGCAUCAAGUGACUGAGAGUAAAAGGACGGGCGAGCACCGUGAACGGGCCGAGGGACAGCGAGCAGAGCCAGUCCACACCUGUGGAGAAAGGGGUGGGGGUCGGCCUGCGUCACCCGGCAGUGCUCAGCUCUGAUUCUUUGACUGAUUUUAGACUGCACUCAUCAGCUUGGCGCGUGGAGGUAGAAACACAGACAGAUCAACUGCCCCUUAAAGGGAAAUUCCACCCCCAAAACACUUCCUCCAGCAACUGUUAAGAGUUGAAUGCUUGUUCCAGUUUCUUCCUUGUUUGUGUAAAUGGAACAAUGUAAAUGCUUUCAUACAGGGAAAGACAUUCACAUCUGAAGAGAGUGCAAUUUUCUCACUGAGCAUAGCUGUUAUAGGACAUAAUGUCCUCAAGCUUUUUGGUUAUGUGUUUCUUCUCUACCUGCCACAACUAUGAGUACUUUAAAAGACCACUCUAAUCAAGCUCAGGCUUAUUCUCUUUAGGCUUGUGAAAAGGUAAUCUGUGAAAUGGUGAUCGCUAACAAAAAGUCAACCAAACAAAGAAAAACAAUUCCUUUAAUACACUGCCAUCACACCAGCAAUGAAUGUUAUUACAUGAACAAAGACAAGUGGAUGGGAGCAUUACGUAUUAUAUAAAAUUAAAUGCCAUGGAACAUUAUAAAAUGUGCCUUUUGAGAGCUAAAAAAAUCAGAUCUGAAAACAGAUCUUUUUAGGGUUGUGUGUCCACUUUGUGUCAAACUGUUGGACCUUCUUGUAGUAUGAAGUUCCAGUGUUCCAUAGGGCCAAAUUAAUAUGUGCUUGCAUUGACGUUGAGGGGUAAAGCUGCUCUAAUAACCACUGUUAAUAUUAAAAAUUUAAGAAGUUAUACACGUUUACGCCUGUAGUGCCUUCCAAGAGAAUUGGAAACACUGUAUAAGCAGGUUAAGACUUAAUCUGCUUAAUUGCACUUUGUUGAUCAAGUGUAAUAUAAAACAACAGAUCAAUAUUUCUCAGUCUUUUUAUGCAAUUUGUUGUAUCAGUGUAAUUUAGCUAAAUAUGUAAACAUUCAGCUUUUUAUUUAAAUUUCUUUAAAUGUUAUAGUGUUACAUUUACAUCUUUACCUUUAUGUUUAAUAUUAUUUAGAAACUGAACAUCUUAUACAAAACAAACACUGACGUGGAAGGAUCUUAAACUGAUAAGUUAAAAACACAUUCCUCCUUUGGGUAUUUCUAGAAUAAUUAGAUAUUUAAAUAAAGGUGACUGGAUAUCAUUUAUAUUUGACAUAAAUGGUAGCUUCAGGUAUAAGAUUAUUUAAAUAUGUCACAUUAAAGACUUCUGCACUGCGACUGUAGAACACAGAGUGAAACUCUAAUUCCAAUUUUUCCCAAAAUUUGAAGUUGUAUAUUUUAUUUAAAAGUACAUUUAAAUAUUUGAAUGUUCACCUAUUUAUGUGUGGGAUUUCUUUCUGUGCCAAAAUUGUACUUUUGCUGUAAAUAAAAACAAACGUGACAA